GAGAACCCAGACAGGGGCAGAGCCUGGGUAGGAGAGCCUGGCCCCGCUGUCCCCACUGGGUGGAGACACCAUGCACUUGGUCUACUUGUGCUCUUCAGCCAGGACACCAGACAUGGUCCAAACCCCUGCAGGGCUGGCUGCAGCAACUCCCUGACACUCAGGAAGGCCCAGGCUGGGCAGGCAAUACCUGCUCCCAACAGCCAUCUCCCAGGAAGGACCCUGUUGCUAGUGUGGAGCAAAGACGAGUCAAGUUUAUGGGCUGGAAGUCCUACCCGGAGGCUGCUCACUGAGCUGUGAUGGCUACAAGGACAGAUGGGGGGAAGGGCGCAGGGUGCCUGAGACCUGGCCCGCUGGAGCCUGUCACCUAAUGGCUGGCUGGAAGACCACCACACACCAGCCAGCCCUGGUCCAUUCUCUCAUUUAGGGGCCUCCCCGGUGGAGGCAGGGAUACACAAAAUGCUCUGGGGCUGGAUGGGCCCGCCUUUCAGUCUAAACAAGAGACCUAAACAACAGCUGCCCAGAAAAGGCAGAUACCAGAAAUGGAUAAAGCUGGCUGGGUGGGGACUGUCCGAGGAGCAGCCAGCAGUGAGCUCCGGCUGGUUGCUACCAUAUAGGACAUAUGUGUUGCCAGACCUGAAUUUUCAAUAGAAACCAAAGAUAGCUUUUUAUAUUGUUUAAUUGGCAAUUAAUUGAAAAAUUCUGUGUAUCAGCGAACAUGAUACAGCCCACAGCCUGCGGGUCUGCGCCCCUGGAUUAACAUGCCACCCUGCUAGGAGGACACGACCUGCAGCCCCAUCCUAACUGUGGCCACCCCAUCCUGCAGACAUGCCGGCUGCCGCUCCAGGACUCCCCCGUCCCCAGGACCAAGAUGACGCCCAACAGCACUGGCGAGGUGCCCAGCCCCAUUCCCAAGUGGGCUUUGGGGCUCUCCCUGGCCCUGGCAAGCCUCAUCGUCACCGCGAACCUACUCCUAGCCCUGGGCAUUGCCUGGGACCGCCGCCUGCGCAGCCCGCCUGCUGGCUGCUUCUUCCUGAGCCUACUGCUGGCUGGGCUGCUCACAGGUCUGGCGUUGCCCACGUUGCCAGGGCUGUGGAACCGGAGUCGCCGGGGUUACUGGUCCUGCCUCCUCCUCUACUUGGCUCCCAACUUCUCCUUCCUCUCCCUGCUCGCCAACCUCCUGCUGGUGCACAGGGAGCGCUACAUGGCAGUCCUGAGGCCACUCCAGCCCCCUGGGAGCAUUCGGCUGGCCCUGCUCCUCACCUGGGCUGGUCCCCUGCUCUUUGCCAGUCUGCCCGCUCUGGGGUGGAACCACUGGACCCCUGGUGCCAACUGCAGCUCCCAGGCUAUCUUCCCAGCCCCCUACCUGUACCUCGAAAUCUAUGGGCUCCUGCUGCCCGCCGUGGGUGCUGCUGCCUUCCUCUCUGUCCGCGUGCUGGCCACGGCCCACCGCCAGCUGCAGGACAUCUGCCGGCUGGAGCGGGCAGUGUGCCGCGAUGAGCCCUCGGCCCUGGCCCGGGCCCUUACCUGGAGGCAGGCAAGGGCGCAGGCUGGAGCCAUGCUGCUCUUCGGGCUGUGCUGGGGGCCCUACGUGGCCACACUGCUCCUCUCAGUCCUGGCCUAUGAGCAGCGCCCACCACUGGGGCCUGGGACUCUGUUGUCCCUCCUCUCCCUGGGAAGUGCCAGUGCAGCAGCAGUGCCCGUGGCCAUGGGGCUGGGCGAUCAGCGCUACACAGCCCCCUGGAGGGCAGCUGCCCAAAGGUGCCUGCAGGGGCUACGGGGAAGAGCCUCCCGGGACAGUCCCGGCCCCAGCACUGCCUACCACCCAAGCAGCCAAAGCAGCGUCGACCUGGACUUGAACUAAAGGAAGGGCCUCUGCUGACUCCUACCAGAGCAUCCGUCCAGCUCAGCCAUCCAGCCUGUCUCCACUGGGCCCUACUUCUCUGGAUCAGAGACCCUGCCUCUGUUUGACCCCACACUGACUGAAUAAAGCUCCUCUGGCCAUU